GAUAAGUAUAAUUUUUACAUUACGAUAUGCUAUUUAAAUUCAAUGGAAUUUAUUCAGUAUUUGGAAAAAUCACCAUUAUCAGAUUCAGAUAGAUGUAAUUUAGAAUUCUAUCAUUCUAAAAGGCAAUGUUUAGAUAAUAUAAAUAGAAACCAAUGUUGGUUUUAUGAAGAUUUAAAUUAUGAAAACUGUAUUAUAAGUAAAGUGGAUAGUCAAGUUUCAGAUGAAGAUACCUCAGAAUCAAAACUGGAAAUGAAUUCCUUAAAUGUUGCGGAUAAAUCAAUUUUAAGGUCUCUAUUAUUAAAAAAUGAAGACCAUGAUGUUCAAACUACACCCAAAAAGUUUCAGAAAAGGGGUGAGCCAUCAACUCCUAGCUCAAAUUGGAAAAUGCUUACAACUGUUGCAGCAAGUCUCUCUUAUGCUGAUGGAAACUCUGUAGAGAAUGAUAAAAAUUCAGCUCUCAUUGAUGCUUCAGAUAAAGAAAAUAUUGAUCUUUCUUUAAUAUUUAAUGCUGCUGGCUCAAAGAAUGUGACAAGGCGAAAGGACAAGUCUUUAGGCUUAAUAUGUCAACGAUUCCUUGCCUUAUAUCCAGAAUAUCCUUCCUCGACAGAUAGGAUUAUUGUUGGUAUAUAUGAUGUAGCUAAACAAUUAGGUGUUGAAAGGCGGCGAAUUUAUGAUAUUGUAAAUGUGUUAGAGAGCUUAGAAUUACUAACAAAAAUUGGGAAGAAUAAGUACCGAUGGUUUGGAAAGUGUUUACUUUUGAACACAUUGCGUAAAUUACAGGCUUCAGCAAAAAAAGAAAAUGUGGCUGAACAAAUUCAUGCUAUGAAAGAUAUUGAAGUUAUGAAAUCAUUAGAAGGAAUCAGUUCUGAUGGAACAAGUGCUGAAGCACAAUGUAUGUCUUUCAGUCCAAAAAGAGAUUGUGAAAAUUCUAACAAGCAUUUCAUAACAGAUGGAAGGAAAGAAAAAUCACUUGGAUUAAUGAGCCUGAAAUUUCUCAUGUUGUUCCUUACUACUGCACCAAAGGUUUUAAAUUUGGAUUUAGCAGCUAAAGUAUUGAUUGGAAAUUCUAAUUCAGAAAUUCUAAAUGGAGAUGAAUCAAUAAAAUUUAAAACAAAAGUUAGAAGACUCUACGAUAUAGCAAAUAUUUUAUCAAGUCUUGGACUUAUUCAAAAAGUUUACGUUACUGAAUUAAGAGGAAGAAAACCUGCAUUUCAAUACAUUGGUCCAGAUUUGAAGGAUUUUGAAGAGGACGGUACUGUGUGAUUUAUUUGAACCCUUUUACUAUGACAUGGUCAGUUUUACUUUACCCUUAAAAACACUGAUCCAAACUGUAGUCACUCAAGGUCACUCUAUGUAUUUUAUGUUAAAAAUUCAUUAA